AUUUCACACGCCGCACAACCUCAUACAACCCAACCAACCCCUUCAACGUUUUACCUCUUAUUCAGAACUCUUCACGCUGCUUCGUAUUUCAGCGGCAGAUCGUCUCUCUCUGCACUCUCCAUCCCUCACUCUUGACUUUCAUCGAGCCACGCGCUCCGAAGCCAAGAUCAGGUCUCUCGCCCAAGCUCACCAUCCCGUCUUGUUCUCUUGGAGUCCAGGAGGUCAUACGCCCCACAGACAACGUCCAGAUCCUUGCGAGUUCAUGCUGCCUUUGUCACCCCACAAACCGAAUCUCGCCACGUUUUCCCGGGGUAUAUCUCAUAACUGUCGGAGUCGUUAAUCAAUACUUCACCCAACAAAAUGGCUACCGUCAAUAUUCGUCGCGAUGUCGACGACAAAUUUUACCGCUACAAGAUGCCAGUCUUGCAAGUCAAGAUUGAAGGUCGCGGUAACGGUAUCAAGACCGUCAUUCCCAAUAUGGAAGAAAUCGCUCGUGCUUUGAACCGGCCUCCCACGUACUCCACCAAGUUCUUCGGUUGCGAACUCGGGGCGCAGACAUCUUUCGCCAACGAUAGGUACAUUGUCAAUGGCGCUCACACCGGCGAUCGUCUGCGUGAACUUCUCGACGUUUUCAUCGAAAAGUAUGUCCUUUGCCCAUCGUGCAAGAACCCGGAAACCGAAUUGGUCAUUACUGGCAAGGCUGGUCAUGAAGACAUUCAUCGGGAUUGCAAAGCUUGCGGAAGGCAGAACGGAAUCGACAUGCGUCAUAAACUGGUCACAUUCAUCCUCAAGAACCCACCUAAGAAAAAGGACAAAGGCAAGAAGGGUGGCAAGAAGGGCAUGACAGCCGAAGUCAACGUCGGCGGUCCUCUUGUCUUUGACAAAGUCGAAAGCGGUUCGGAUAAUGCGGACGAAGAAGGAAGUCCCGUCGUUUCACCUGGCGCUAAUAUGGGCGUUCCGACUAGUGGGACUGAUAUCGACGCCGUUCUUGGCAAAUCCGACCCGAUCCUUGAGAACCCUGACGCGGCCGAAGCAGUCACUAAGAAGCUAUCGAAGCUUGAAGUCAACGGCAACGGCAACGGUCACGCCAACGGCGAUGCCGAUGAGGACGAUGAUGACGCCGCGGGAUCCCCAUGGGGUGUCCUACGUGCUUGGCUCAUCGAUAACACGGAUGCGUCGGAUGCCGACGUCGUCGCAAAGAUCAAAGACAUCGGUGUUGUUGGAAAACAUAAGGUUCUUCUCGAGGUCGGCCAGCAUCUUUUCACAGAUGAAGUCGUGGCGCAGUUGCCUAAGAGGGUGAACCUUCUACAAGCUCUCGUCACCUCUGAGAAACAUCAGAAGUCUCUUCUUGGCGGUCUGGAACGUCUCUUUGCCCACUCCCCUUCGUCGGAUUCGCUCAUAGCUUCUGGUGCAGUGUCCAAGGUGCUCAUGGUACUCUACCAGGGUGAUAUUCUAGACGAAGAGCUUGUGCGUCAAUGGGGAACCCACGUUAGCAAAAAGUAUGUCGACAAGGAAACUUCCAAGAAAGUCCGCAAGUCUGCCGAUGUCUUUAUCAAGUGGCUCGACGAAGCUGAUGACGAAAGCGACGAAGAAUGAUGAUGGUCACGUACUAGCAUGUUCUAAUUUCCCGUCUCAAUGUGAAUAGUAAUGAGUUUGAGUAGUUUUGCAUAUAUGCACCUGUCAUA